AUGGCCUCGUCGCUGCCUCUCAUCACGCUGGAGGAACAUUAUGUUGAUCAUCAGGUGCUCAGCAACUCGCAGGAGGAUACCCACGCCUACUCCGGCUUCUCCCAGCCGUUGAUGAACAAGCUGGGCUCGCUGGGCGACGACCGCCUCGCCGACCUCGAUGCCAACUCCAUCUCCAUGCAAGUCCUUUCCCACGCGCCUGUCGAUCCAUCUCCACCCGUCUGCCGCGGGGCCAAUGACCGGUUGGCCGCCACCGUCCGGAGAAACCCUAGCCGCUACGCUGCCUUUGCUCUCCUGCCUAUGGGCGAUCCCCAAGCCGCAGCCGAGGAGUUGAACCGCUGCGUGAGCGAUCUGGGCUUCGUGGGCGCCCUAGUCAACAACCAUCACAAGGGCUCCUACUACGACGACCCCCGCUACUGGCCAGUCUUCUCCACUGCGCAGGGCCUGGAUGUGCCCGUUUACAUCCAUCCCACCUUUCCUUCCCAGGAUAAAAUCUACCAGUACCGCGGCCACUACUCCGAUUCAGUUGCCCAGAUGCUAGGCGCCUGGGGUUGGGGCUGGCACAGCGAUGUUGGCCUCCAUCUUCUUCGCCUGUACGCUGCCGGCCUGUUUGACUUGUUCCCGAGGCUCAAGGUCGUGAUUGGCCACAUGGGAGAGAUGUUGCCGUUCCAGCUGGACCGCAUCAUCGACAUUACCGAAGACAUGAAUACGCCCGAGUGGAACCGCCCGCGUGGACUCCGAGAAGUCUGGGAAAACAACAUCUGGAUCACCACCUCCGGCAUGUUCUCGCUGGCACCAAUGACAUGCCUGCUGAAGGUUACGACUCCAGACAAGAUCAUGCUUAGCGUCGACUAUCCGUUCUCGUCGAAUGAGAAGGGCAAACAGUUCAUCAAUGACCUGUGGAACAGUGGCAUCGUAAGUGGGAGAGACGUGGAGGGAAUCGCAUAUCGGAACGCAGAGGCACUAUUAAAGCUUCGGGCUGGCGAGGACUACAGCAACCCUGCGCAGAAGCGCGCGCUGGGCGAGGGUGUCAACGACAGCUCAAGGAAGAAGCGUGGAAGGCCUCCAAAGGAAUCCGAUGUGCCUGCACCAGAACCGGGCGCUCCGAUGCCCAACUCACCUGUCGAGAGUGAAGCCGCCACUCGCCGCCUGGAGAAGAGGAAAUGCCAGUAUUGCCAAAGGAUCUUCAGCAGAAUCGAGCAUCGAGUACGCCACGAGAAGACUACCCACAUGGGAGAGAAGCCUUUUCAAUGCCAGCACUGUUCGAAAGCCUUCUCGAGGAGCGACAACUUCCACCAACACCUUCGUACUGUGCACAGUAAUGAGACGACUUCUACUAACCAGCAAAACGGUGAAAACAGCACCAAUUCUAAUAGCAACGAUGGCAACAGUGGAAGCGGAAACGACCAAGCAGGAACCGUCUUUGACCAGUCAGAUGCUGCGACAUCCUUCUUUGAAGGACUUCAAACGUACGCGAAUGAGCACAACAGUCCUUCUGAGGGCAAGGAAGACUGGCAAUAA